AGACUUUUUCUGUGUUUCAGAGUGGGGCGGAUUUUAUUGGCUCUGUACCGACCUGUUGCUUAGGGAUAUAAUGUUCUCAUUACAUUUGAAUGAUAUUUGAGUUAAAACUCAAAGUCAUUUUAGGGUUGAAGAGGAUUCCUCCUACACAUCAAACACACCCACGUGCAUGUCACAGUCUAAAUGGAUCCAUAGUGCCACCUGAUAAUGUAGCAGAGAGAGAGGUAGGCUGCCAGGUCAACUCUGUUUAUCAAAACGUCAGAGGAGGAGGAGAGCAGUGAGUGAUGAAAGAAGAUAGAGAGCUGAGAUGACAGCUGGCUGAUGGAGGGAGAGAUAGAGGUCUGGAGGUUACGUGUGAGGGAGAAAUGAGAAACGUCAGUGGCUGUAACAAGCUAAGCCCAGACAGACAGAACAAGACACAACAGAGUAUGGCAGAAACCCCAGCAGAGCCUCAGAUUGACUGUGAGCUGCAGCCCCCAUCUAAUACCCUUUCUGAGCCUCAGCUCCAGUACCAACUACAUCCUCUAUCUGAGCCUCAGCCACUACCCCAGCCUGAUACCCUUCCCCAGCCCCUGCCCCAGGCUGAGGAUAGCCUUCCUGGGCCCCAGCUCCUACCCCAGCCUUGGCCCCUGCCCCAGCCUCAGCCUGAUACCCUCCCUGAGCCCCAGCCCCAGCCUCAGCCGGAUAGCCUUCCUGGGCCCCAGCUCCUACCCCAGCCUGAUACCCUCCCUGAGCCCCAGCCACUACCCCAGCCUGAUACCGUUCCCCAGCCCCUGACUCAGCCGGAUAGCCUUCCUGGGCCCCAGCUCCUACCCCAGCCUGAUACCCUCCCUGAGCCCCCGUCUGAAGAGGAGGUGAAGCCCUGGGUGUGGACACGUCACUGCGUACUCCUUCUCUUCCUCCUGGCAUCCUCCUUCUGUGCCUCCAUAGUGGGCCUGGCCUACUACUCCCAGCAGCACCUCCCACCAGAGAGCACACCGCCAGCCUCUCCUCCAUGUACCUCCCCGGCUUGUCAGAGGGCUACCGCCCGUCUUUCCAUCUCAGUCGACCCCUUCUCUCAGCCCUGUGACUACUUCCUGUUUCCCUGUGGGUCUGAAGGGGCGUCUCUGUCCAACAGGGGGAGACAGAGGGGCAAGGGCAUGCCCCUACACCCACAGGGCUACAAGAGCAGGGCAGCACAGGCAGAGAAAGAGAGAGAAAGAGGGAGGAAGGAGAGAGAGACAGGCACGGACAUAAUAGAAAAGGCUCCAGCAGACAGAAUGCCAGACAGACAGACUGCACUACUGCUGACAAUGAGGGAGAUUUUGGCUGAGGACCGCUCCAGCCCGGGUAACUCAGCGAAGCAGAAGGCCUGUAUGUUCUACCGUUCCUGUAUGGACACUGGCCCCACAGAGUCCGCCGGGCCAGAACCUUUUCUCAGGCUAGUCCACAAGCUGGGUGGCUGGGCUGUAUCAGGCCGGUGGAACCAGACAGAUUUCAACUCCACUCUGUCUCUACUGAUGAGAGACUAUGGCACCUUCCCAUUCUUUAGUGUUUAUGUGGGCAAGGAUCCUAACGACACUCAAGGAGACAUGCGAUACAUACAGAUUGAUCAACCGGAUUUUCAGAUACCUACUGAAUGGAGCAGCAAGACUCAGAAGUCCAAAGCUAACACCCAGAUCCUGCGUCUGUUCCUGGCCUCAUAUCAGAGGUUGCUGGCCCUGUUGGGCUCUCCCUCCAGCAGCACCAUUCUCCAUAUAGGCCUGUUCAUCUCUCUGUCCUCUGAACUGGCUGUAGCUGCCUCUCCUCUGCCGCAUCGCCUGCAACAGGGGCUGCUGUACCAGCGCAUCACCAUCAAAGAGCUACAGACCCUGGCCCCUGCCAUUGAUUGGCUGGGCUGUCUACAGACCACCUUCCAUCCCCACCCUGUUAGCCAAUCAGAUCACGUCCUCCUGCACAACCUCCCUUACAUAGUCCACAUGUCCCGCAUCAUCGGCAAAUGGCUGAACAAGCAUGAAUUGAGUGGCAGUGGCCCUCUUCACACCUUCAUGGUCCUCAGUCUCCUCCACACUGUCAUACCCGCGCUAGACUCCAGGUUCACUCAGACAGAGAGGAAUUUCUCCUUAGCUCUGGGGACUACAGAGGAGGAUGUCCCUCGCUGGAGGCAGUGUGUUCUGCAGACUGAGAAAGGGUUUGACACGGUACUAAAACACAUGCUGAGAGAGAACACCGCAUACACAGAGGCAGAGGAGCUGAUUCAGAAUGUCUAUUCCUCCAUCAAGUCCAAACUACCUGAUCUCAGGUGGAGAGAUGAGGAGUCUCGCAUGUCUGUUUUGAAUAAGAUUCAGUCUCUAACUCCAAGACUUUCAACUAAAAACAACAUUUUCAGUGAAGCUGAACUAAACCAACUGUAUUCAAAGGUGACAAUUGACGAACACAUGUAUUUCUCCAACUACAUCCAGUCUCUCUCCCUCCAGCGCCAGAGACCAAGCAAACUCUUUUCCCAGGCUGAAGGAGAUGAUAUUUGGUCCCUCACUCCAUUUAUCUCCGGCAAUGAGCUAGUCUUUCCCAUAGGGAUGUUUGUCCAGCCUCUCUUCCACCCUACCUAUCCCAGGGCCAUCAACUUUGGGGUUUUGGGAUCUUUGAUGGCCAAAGAUAUUCUCCAUCUCCUUCUUCCCAACAUCCAUUCUCAGAGUGUGUCUCCCAGGUCCAUAGCAGAGUGUGUGCGGUACCAGUACCUGAGUAUGACAGAGGGACCAGGGAGAGAGGGGGCAUUCUCGCUGUCACCAGCACAGCAGCAGGAGAUGUGGGUGCAGUACUCUGCUCUGCAGAUCGCACUACAGGCUUACAAUCAGAGUUUGAAGAAGUAUCCUGGCGACUCCUCUCUCUCAGGCCUCUCUCACACUCAUCUGUUCCUUACUUCAUUCACUCAGAUCAACUGCGACUCUGACCCGUACCACGAGUUCAUGCCCUUUGAACCUUCCUUUCUGGUUACUGUCAUCUGUGGGGACUCUAACCUCUGCCCUACGACCCUCUCCUGCCCCAACAAACCCCAGCAGCACCUCUUAGGGACAUGCUGACCUACAGAUCUACAGUAACAUCUCCUACCAAACAAAAAAUGCAGAGCCAUUGAUGAACACACAAGACUGUAAUUUAAACAGAUCAGUGUGCCCCCCCCGCGGGACGGUUGAGCUAAUGUAGGCUAAUAUGAUUAGCAUGAGGUUGUAAGUAACAAAAAAAUAAUAAUCUCAGGACAUAAACAUAUCUGAUAUGGGCAGAAGGCUUAAAUUCUUGUUAAUCUAACUGUCCUGUCCAAUUUACAGUAGAUAUUACAGUGAAAUAAUACCUUACUAUUGUUUGAGAAGAGUGCACAAUUAUGAACUUGAAAAUGUAUUAAUAAACCAAUUAGGCACAUUUGGACAGUCUUGAAACAACAUUUUGAACAGAUAUACAAUGGUUCAUUGCAUCAGUCUAACACUUUGCACAUACACUGCUGCCAUCUAGUGGCCAAAAUCAAAAUUAUGUCUGGGCUGGAAUAAUACAUUAUGGCCUUUCUCUUGCAUUUCAAAGAUGAUGGUACAAAAAAAUGCAUGUUUUUUUCUUUGUAUUAUCUUUUACCAGAUCUAAUGUGUUAUAUUCUCCUACAUUAAUUGAACAUUUCCACAAACUUUGAAGUGUUUCCUUUCAAAUGGUAUGAAGAAUAUGCAUAUCCUUGCUUCAGGUCCUGAGCUACAGGCAGUUAGAUUUGGGUAUGUCAUUUUAGGCAAACAUUUUUUUUUAAAGGGUCAGAUCUUUAAGAAGGCAAUAGAACAGAACACUAAAUCCAAAUGCAACUGACAGGAUAGUUGAUUAUUCAUUAGGCACAUCCAUCCAGUCUCUUGUGACAUCCUGUGCAUGGGAGAUUUGUUUCUGGGUUCUGAGAUAAAACUAUGCACAUUGUCUGUGUUUUAUUUAAAACUGCAGUAUGUAACAAGCACCUUGUUAUCCAUAAGGAUACUUACUAUUAGUUAUGUUUGGAGGUUAUGGUCUACUUACCUUUGUUAAAUGUAGGAGAGUGUGUCUGCCAGUUUAGAUGGUGCCAAAGACACAAACAGUGUUGAAAAAGUGUGUAUGAAGUGUGUGGAUGUAAAUGAAUAGGGAAAGGGGGAUAUCUAGUCAGUUUUACAACUGAAUGCAUUCAACUGAAAUGUGUCUUGCGCAUUUAACCCAAUCCCUCUGAAUCAGAGGUGCGGUCAUAGAUAUAGGGCUGAUCAUUCUACAAAAUAAAGUUGAUUUUUUAAUGUGAA